AUGAGAGCGGUUACAAUUUCCUUGUUUGGAUUUCUUCUUGCCAUCGCAGCCAUCGAUAUUAGCUUUUGUAAUGGGAAUUCCAAUGCGCUUUGCAUUGAACGUGAGAGACAAGCCCUUUUGAAGUUCAAGCAAGACCUCAUUGAUCAAUCAAACAGGCUAUCUUCUUGGGUUGAAGGUGAGAAUUGCUGUGAGUGGCUUGGUGUUUUCUGCAAUAACUUGACUGGCCACGUCAAAGAGCUGCACUUGGGGCUUCUUUCAAGAAGUCCUGCUGAAGAUGUGCCAGUCGUUGAAAGGGAUGCUCAUGAGGAUAAGCCAAUUGCUCUGUGGGAUGCUUAUUUUCGGUCAGCUGAAUGGGAUGCUUACUUUCGCUCAAAGCUAGGGGGCAGAGUAAAUCCUUCUUUGAUCGAGUUGAAAUGUCUCAAUUUCCUAGACUUAAGCAAUAACGACUUUGGAGGUCUGGCAAUUCCCGAAUUCAUUGGUUCGAUGAAGAGUUUGACAUAUCUUAACCUUUCUCGGGCAAAUUUUCGAGGAACAAUUCCCCAUAUGCUUGGAAAUCUCUCAAAUUUGCAUUGCCUUGAUCUUGGAUACAAUUCCCUAUUUGAAGCUAAAACUCUUCAAUGGGUUUCUGGUCUUUCUUCUCUGCAGUAUCUUGAUUUGAGUUCUGCAGAUCUUGGUAAAGCAACUGAUUGGCUGCAGGCAACACACAAACUUCCUUCUUUGGUAGAGUUACACUUGUCAGGCUGCAAUCUAAAUAAUGAUUCAUCUCCAAUCAGUGUUAAUUACAAAUCUCUUGCUGUUCUUGAUCUUUCCACAAAUACAUUGUCUUCGGUGCCUACAUGGAUAUUCAGUCUUCGUAGUCUUGUGUCCAUUGAUCUUAGCUCCAAUGAAGUUGAAGGUGUGAUUCCCAAUGGUUUUCAAAAUAUGUCUUCUCUCAAAUUUCUUGAUCUUAGUAGGAAUUCAUUCUCUUCUUCAUCGACACUCAGCUGGUUGUCUAAUUUCAACCAACUUCAAUUCCUUGGUCUUAGCAGUGUCGGCCUGCAAGGUAAUUUUUCAUGUGCCAUUAGAAACUUAAGCUCUCUUACUCAUCUUGAUGUUUCACAUAACCAGCUUGAAAUUAUAGAACCCAAAUGUUUGGAGAGUCUUUGUAAUCUGAGAGAGAUGGAUUUGUCAAAUAACGGAAUUGAUCAUAAGGUAUCAGAAAUCAUAGAGAGUUUGUCUAGAUGUAGUUUGGAUCGAUUAGAGUCAUUAAAUAUUGAAUCUAACAAACUUUCUGGCCAUUUACCUGAUCAACUCAGCCAAUUUAAAAAUCUGGCAUACCUUUCCCUUUCUGAAAACUCCAUUUCUGGUCCCAUUCCAUUCUCAAUAGGGAAGUUGUCAUCAUUGAAAGUUCUUGAUGUUUCGUACAAUCAAUUAACCGGACCUCUUCCGGUAGGGGAGCUAUCAUCUUUGAAGUUGCUUGAUGUUUCAAACAAUCAAUUGAAUGCAACUCUUCCUCAAAGUUUAGGACAACUUGGGAAUUUGGAACAUUUAGACGUUAGCAAUAAUAUGGCAUCUAACAACAUGUUAACGUUUAAACAAAUCCAAGUUGGAUUCCUCCUUUCCACUUGGCUACAAUUCCAAAAGAACUUGUUUCAUUUAGAUAUCUCCCAUGCUGAAAUUUCAGGAACACUUUCCAAUUUUCUUUGCAAUUCCUCAACUAAAUUGGAACCUUUGACCAUUCUUGACAUUGAAUCAAAUCUUCUAUCUGGUGAAAUUCCAAAUUGUUGGGAAAAUUGGCAAUUUUUGAAAGUCUUAAAUUUGGGAAACAACAAUCUAACUGGGAAAAUUCCUAGAUCCUUGGGAUUUUUGCGCCGUGUUCUGUCAUUAAACCUUCGUAACAAUAACCUACUUGGAGAAGUACCAUCUACACUGCAGAAUUUGGUUGACAUGCUUAUUCUUGAUCUUAGUGAAAAUCAAUUGACGGGAAGUAUUCCAGCAUGGAUUGGAGACAACCUCUUAAACCUUGUGGUUCUAAACCUCCGUUCAAAUAACUUCCAAGCCUAUAUUCCUGAUCAAAUUUGUGCUCAUAAUUCUCUUCAGUUCUUGGAUCUUGGUUAUAACAACAUUUCAGGAGCAAUUCCAAAAUGUUUUAGUAACCUAAGUGCCAUGGCCAUAAAACCCCUCAAGAAACACGUGGGAAACAGUACCUGGUCAUUCGAGUCUAAUAACCUGUUUCUUUUGGGUGCAUUAUUGGUGAUGAAAGGAAGAGAGGAUGAUUACAGUACCAUACUAGGACUUGUUGUCGGCAUAGACCUUUCAGUUAACAGUCUCAGAGGAGAGAUCCCCGAAGAACUUGGUAAUCUCAUAGGACUGCGGUCAUUAAAUUUGUCAGGGAAUCUCCUAACAGGAAAGACACCGGAGAACAUUGGCAAUAUGGAGGUGUUGGAAUCUCUUGACUUAUCGAUGAACCGACUCCAUGGUGAAAUCCCUUCAAGUUUCUCCAAUUUGAAUUUCUUGAAUCACUUGAACUUUGAAUCACUUGAACUUGUCCUACAACAACUUGACAGGACAAAUCCCAUCAGGCACGCAGCUGCAAAGCUUUGA